GUUGUUUUGUUGCGUCACGCCAGCAGCUGUGAAACUUUCAUGUGAUGGUUUAGUUUUCGGGCAAAGCUGCGAUUAAAUGAGUGUGUUUGAUUUGUUCCGCGGCUUCUUCGGGGUCCCGGGAGGUCAUUAUGGAGGCCGAAGGGACCCCUUCUUCGACGCCAUGACGCGCGAUGAGGACGAUGAGGAUGAGGAUGGUUUCUUUUACGACGGCUUCAGAGGAGACCAGCAGCAUCCCUUUGACGAUUCGUUGAGGUUCGGUUUCAGCUUUGGACCGAACGGGAUGAGGUUCCGGGAGCCCGCAAUGUUUGGUGACGUGCUCAGGGAGAUGGAAGAGAUGUUCUCCCAGCUGGGCCGCUGGGAGGGGGACACAGAUCCUGCUCAUUUUGGUGCUCCCAGAAUCAUGCUGCCGUUACCACCUCAGGGCAGAUCUGAGAGAGGUGGGAGCAGCGGGAACCCUCUGAGGGACUUCAUGCUCAAAUCGCCUGAUGGUGACCCUCGAGAACCGCACAGCGAGACUCCCGGGAACAUCCAGCCUUCGUACGAGUCACCAGAGUUCCCUCCAUCACCUUUUCAUGGCUGGAGACCUUUCUCUAAGUUUAAUGAUAUUUGGCGACAGGAACAGAAAACUCCAGAUGAGGAGCCCAAAGAAGACAGAGAUCUGGACUCUGCUGUAUCAUCCGGAGGCCUGGAUCAGAUUCUGUCUCCACCUGCAGGCCAGGCGCCAAGUCAGCCCAGAACCAGAUCCUUCUUCCAGUCGGUCACAGUCACAAAGGUGGUGAAGCCCGAUGGGACUGUGGAGGAGCGGCGGACGGUCAGAGACGGACAGGGAAAUGAAAAGACCACGGUGACCCGGUCAGGAGGUGCGGGAACGUUAGAGGGACCGGACCACACUGGACCUGAGCAUCCAGGUGGUCCUCAUCGCUUCUCAGACCUGCGGGACGACCACUCUUUAUUCUCCAAGUUCUUCAGAGGAUUUAAAUAACAUGUAGAUCAAAACACAGAUUCAGGACUUGUCGGUUUUAGGUUUCGUUCCCCUACAGCUGUCUCCCUUUGGCUCUGUUUGAUUAUUUGUCGACGGACUGUUAAAUGAACCUUGAUUUGCCAAAAUAAAUGUAAAUCUGUUGACGAAGCA